CGCCAUCUUUAGAAAACACUCAGGGGGGAAGAGCCUAGUAGUCUUCCUCGUUUUUUUUGUAGAGAGUUUUAAGCCGUGCUUAGGUAAACCUUACAGCCGUCUUCACGCAGUUGUAAUUGUAACGUAUUGCUGCGUUUUCUCAGCUGAAAUAUAUAGCGAGCAAUCGACCGAGGGAGACCAUGGGGGUGAAGGUGCAGCGUCCUCGGUGCUUUUUUGACAUCGGCAUCAGCAACGUGUUGGUGGGAAGAGUUAUCGUUGAACUUUUCUCUGACGUGUGUCCUAAAACGUGUGAGAACUUCCGCUGCCUCUGCACAGGUGAAAAAGGAUUGGGGAAGGGCACACAGAAACCGCUGCAUUAUAAAGGAUGUGUGUUUCAUAGAGUCGUGAAGGAUUUUAUGAUUCAAGGUGGAGACUUCAGCGAAGGCAAUGGUAGAGGUGGGGAGUCAAUCUACGGAGGAUUCUUUGAAGAUGAAAGCUUUUCUGUCAAACACAAUAAGGAGUAUCUUUUGUCUAUGGCAAACAGAGGCAAAGAUACCAAUGGGUCACAGUUCUUCAUAACAACAAAGCCCACACCGCACCUAGAUGGUGUCCACGUGGUCUUCGGUCAGGUAAUCGCAGGUCAAGAUGUGAUUAAGACCAUUGAAAGUCAGAAGACGGAUGCCAGCAGCAGACCUUAUGCAGAAGUGAAAGUUCUGAACUGCGGGGAACUCAUUCCCAAAUCAAAAGCGAAAAAAGAGGAGAAGAAGAGGCAGAAGUCUAGCGCCUCUAGCGACAGCGACAGCUCGAGUGAGUCCGAGUCCUCGGAGGAUUCUUCCUCCGAGUCAGGAGAUUCCGAGAAGGAGUCGAAGAAGCGGAAGAAGAAGCACAAGAAAGAGUCCAAGAAGAGGAAGAAGGAAAAGAAAGAAAAGAAACAGCCAACAAAAGGCAGUAAUAAUGAGGAGAGCGCUGAGGAGAAGCCCGAGGUCCAGCCCAUCUCCACUGUGAGGCCUGAAGAGAUUCCCCCUAUCCCAGAAAACAAGUUCCUUAUGCGGAGGAGUCCCCUGCCGCAGCCGAAAGAGGAUGAGGUGAAGGAAAAAAGGAAGGAAAAACCCAGGGAAAGCUUGUUGCUAAAUUCUCAUCCAUCGUCGUAUCGGAGGAUGCUGGUAACAAGAUCUGGCAGGAAGAUUAAAGGAAGGGGGCCGAGGCGUUACCGAACACCCUCGCGCUCCAGGUCCAGGUCGAGAGACAGAUUCCGGCGCAGCGAGACCCCACCGCACUGGCGCCAGGAGAUGCAACGAGCCCAGAGAAUGAGGGCACCUAGUGGAGAGCGCUGGAUCAAGGGGGACAAGAGUGAUUUGGUGGAGAACAAGAAUGAAGCCGUGAAGCCCCCAGUAAGAGGGAGGGAGAGAAAGACCUCGGAGAACAAACACGAUGCUUCAGAUAGUCCUGGAAGGAACAAAGAGAAGAAGGAGGAGAAGAGGGGUCACUCACACAGGUCUGGAAGCAAAGACAAGGAGGCCCAAAAAAACACAGACAAGGACGACAAGGAUGAUAAGCAUAACAAGCACAAGGCCAAGAAGAAGGGCAGAUCUCGAAGCCAGAGUAAGAGUAAGGAGAAGGGUGGCAGGUCAAGGAGCAGAGAGAGGGAUCACAAGCGAGGGAAAGCUGGUGAGAGAAGGGGCAGAUCAAAGAGCAAAGAGCGAAAUGACACCAAAGGGAAGGAGAAACCAGCGGAACCGGGAGCAAAGGAACAAGAGAAGAGUAAAGAAGGGACCAGGCCUGCAACUGAGGCUGACAGCAAGGAAAAGGAGGAGAGGAGAGGCAGGAAUGGGGAGAAGUUUAGGGCAAAGUCUAGGAGCAAGGAGCGGCACCAGAGGUCCAGCAGCAGGAGUAGGGAGAGGGGCAGACGAGCGUCGUCCCGUGACAGAGAGCGGGACAGGGGACGGGACCGGCAGCGCAGCAGGAGCCGAGACCGCCAGCGCAACAGAGACAGAGAGGACCGGAGGCGAGGUAGAUCCAGGAGCCGUGACCGAAAGAGGAGCCCUGAACAGACCAACAGCAAGGACUCCAGGAAGAGCAGGCGCUCCAGGAGCAGAAGUGCUGACAAGGACCGCAGCCAAAACAAAGACGGCUCCUCUCGUCAGUCAAGGAGUAGGGAGCGUGAGGAGGCCCGCAGGAGGAAGCGGUCGAGGAGCCGCGAGAGCAGCAGCAGCUCUGAGAGUGACGCAGCAAAGAGGGGCAGAAACAAGGAUCGAAGGAGCUCAGGGAGUAAGAGCCCCAGCUCUAAGAAGAGAGAGGGCGGCCGACAAACGGAGCCGCCUCCCAAGGCUAAGGAGGACAAGAAGAAGGCUGAUGAGGAGCAAGACCAGAAGUCAAAGAGCCAGGAAAAAGAGAGCGAUCACAAAAAGAAGUACAAUUCCAGCCCAAGUUCAGAUGAAAGCGAUUAAUGUUGCUUGCAGUUUUCCUGACACUUUGAAGCAUUUCUUUCUGGACAAAAAAAAAAACAGUGGUUCAUACAGCUACAGACAGGUUGGAGAUCUUUUUAAAUAACUUCAGUUGACUGUUGGAGGAAUUGGCAGUCUGGGAUAUUUAUAAUACUGAAGUUUUAUUAAAACUUUAGGAGCUGGUUUUGUUGUUUUUGGGUGUGACUCUUGAGAUUGGAGUUAUUUUUGUAUUGAUUUGAGUGAAGUUCCAUCUUCUACCAACAUGGGAUGACCAGUGUGAAUGCUGUACAACAGUCACUUGAGUACAAAGUGGCCCCUUUAAAGUGACUGACUUGCCUCCAUGGUAAUAUUUGUUAUAGAGUGGAUCUUAGUUGCUGUUCUGUUUCCCAUGGCUUUCUUCUCUCACGUUCCUUCCAACAACCCUCCCCUUAAUGUGUACAACUGUAAAAAAAGAAUUGAUUUCUGUCAACGACACAUGGCUAAAUGGACCUUCUUUUUGUUUCCUACAACAGAUUUUCAAUGAUGUUAAUGCCAGAUUAGUUUGAUGCAUCGGCUGUGUAUUUCUGAUGCUGGUUCAGAUACGUCUGAGCUGUUGAAGUCAGUGGUAAAGUAAACAGUCAAUAGGCGCUUACCAUGCGCACCAGUGGUAAGAGUGUUUAUCUGCCUGUUAAAGGUCCUUUUGUUAAAAUACUGUAAGAGGAUAAAUCAGUGAUGAUGUUGGAUUGUAUGACCUCAGAAUGAUUCUAUUUUUACUUGUUCUUUGGAAAGAAAUGUCAAUUCACCUGAUUUUUGUCAGUACUUGUUUUGCUUCAGCUGGGUUGAUUUAGAUGUCUCCCUUUUUCAUUGUACGCUGAUACUUUUUUUAUCUGUAAAUUCUUAAGUUGGGUACCUGGCAUGAGGAGAUGUUGCAGAUGAAUGCCCCAAACUGAGUGUACAGAAUAAACUGAAAUGGCUUCCCUCCUCUCCUCCAAGAAACUGUCAACCCUAUCUGCUAAGUCAGUGAAUUUGUGAAUUCUUGCUAAAUAUUCCAUAUCUUACAUGCUAAAUGAUAUAGAGAAGAUGUGUAAAUAUGCCUCUCUCCUGUUUUGGACUGCGCACCCCCCCCCCCAGUGUAUUACAGCUACACAUGUAGGCCCCUACCCCCUGAUCCUCCUGUGAAUGAGAAUUUCAAGCUUUACGGUGUAAACAAAUAAGAUUCCUUAGAUUGUGAAGGUGAGUAUUACAAUAAAACCCUAUGUACCACAGGUGAAUUUGUAUCAGCCCUUACUGUGAAUUCCUUAAUGCAGAAUUUAAGUUGGGUAGUUAGACUUGAAUCAUUCUAAAGGAUUAAUUUCGGGGCUGUGAUGGUGGUACAUGUAUAUUAGGGAAAUAUUUCCAUAAAUUAUGCACUGUAUAGUAGGAUGAAGUUACUAAGGUCACCUGGCAUAUUCAGCUACAGCAAGUAUUUUUAAUGCCUCAUUAUUUUGUGUCAUUUAAGAAAUUUUAAUCAGUUGAUUAUGUGUCAUUGAUUUUUGCAGCAUUGGUUUGUAAACAUUCAAAAAGAUUUUCUGUGAGUGAUCAUUUUAGUUUGUUGGUGCAGUAGUUCCCCACACUAUCUUAUUACUUUGACAGGUAAGGGUAUGAAUUUGAUUUAAAGUCUCAGACUGUAGACUGUUAAAACAUAUAUUGUUCUUUCUUGUUGCGGUUCGUUUUUUGUGCUGGCUCCUCACGGCCGUUGUCAUUAGCAGAUUUGGGUAGAAAACAUUAACCAUAGCAAUUUUAUGCUUGAUGACGCAAGAUAAAAAUUAGCUUGUAACUGUGUCAAUGUUAUAUACUCUGCAAAGAUGUAACUUCAACAGUCCAUUUAGAGAGAUGCCAGACAAUCAAACUUUUACCAUCGACUGACAGUUUCUGCAUGUGUCCCAAGGCCCACACUUAUUGUCAACCAGACAGCUUAAUUGGGAAGACUGGUGUCACCAGGCAAAGGAGAGCUGAUGAAAAGCUAUCUAAUACGUUAAUAUGCAAUACAUUUAAGGAGAACGUUUAAGAAAUGUCAUUAUCAUUAGUAUUAUUUUCUCCAAAGGCUGCUUGGCAACAGUGGUUCCGGAGAGGAUCUUAGCCCAUUCUUAGUGGACAAGACUGUGUCACAACAUUGUACUGUGGACACUAUUCAUUCGCAAAGAAGUCUUUGUGGUGGGUGCAGAUUUCGCUCCAGGCCUGAUCAUUUCUACAUGUGCCUUUGUUAUAUGGCGUUUAAACUUGGAUUUGGGUUUUCCAUUAUGUUAAUAUUGUUUAACCAGGAUGUAUAUUGUGAAUGACAAACUGUUCCAGAAUUAGUAAGUUUUGCAUAGCAAUAAGAUUUAAAAGUAGUAUAUAAAAUGUAUCCCCUUUCUGUUUUACCAAUAAAUUGUAUUCAUGCUUUUUGAAAGUA